AUGGCAUCAGAUGCUGUAGCUAGUGCGGGUGCUGAAAUUCGUGAGAAUUUGGUAACAACUGCAGUAAAAUUUCUAACAAAUCCAAGCGUACAGAGAUGUACGUUAGAGAGUAAGGAACGGUUCCUUCGAUCCAAAGGUCUUUCAGAACCUGAAAUACAAAAAGCAAUAGAGAAAUGUGCUGAAAUGCUAGACGUGCCAUCUAUGACGUCAGAGCUCAUGUUCUUCCACCAAUCGAGGCGGUCCUGGUUCAGAGAUAAUGUGUUACCAGUUCUGGUGUACGGAGGAUUCAUGUAUGGAUGUUACUGGUUUUAUAAGAACUAUGUCAGACAUCUGUUAUUCGUGGAGCAACCGAAACGAAAAUCCACAGCGGAUUGUAUCGACGAACUGCGCAAGAGUCUGGAUAUAUUGAACGCUAAUGUGACGUCACUACGCGGCGAGAUGCAAGCCAACGCACACCAGAGCGCGCUGCGCUCGCAACUAGACAAUAUUAAAUCUGACAUCGCCAGUGUUAAAGGAAUAUUGCUGAAUAGAAACCAAUUCCCGGCUUUAAAAGCCCGACCGGACCCCCCAUCAAUUCCAGCUUGGCAGCGGCAAUCGGAACAGGCUGUCUCCACGGAAGCAACUUCAGAAGAAAAAAAGAAGACGCACAGAAGUAGAAGCCAGCGGUCAGAAUCUGGCGGCUCGAACUCAAGCGAGGGGGAACAGGCGACUAAGAAUAGUGACAGCAGCUUGGAGAUCAUCACCUGA